AAGACGCUGGAGGGAGAUCUCUUGGGAAACGCUCUAUCGGAGAAGAUGAAGAAGGAAGGCAUCGUGAAGCUGAUCAGCGCCGAGGGCUUCGAGUUCGUGAUCGACAAGAAGGCCGCCAUGGUCUCCCAGACCAUCCGCAACAUGCUGACCUCCCCAGGGAGCUUCGCGGAAACGGAGCUCGGAGAAGUGACGUUCCCCGAGAUCAGCACCACCAUCCUCGAGAAGAUAUGCCAGUACUUCUACUGGUCCAUGCAGUACGCCAGUGGAAAGGAAACCGAGUUCCAUAUUGAACCUGAACUGACUUUGGAGCUGAUGAUGGCUGCCAACUAUUUACAUACUUGAGAAGAUCCCCAUCAUUUUUGGGUGACCACUCAUGAACAGAAGAAAUAUCUGGCACUUGUAUCUCUAGUAUAUGCCAUGUAUCUCAAGACGAUUCUAACGCUAGAUUCAAUAAUACGACAUUUCCCUUCACUCCU